AUGGACUUUACAAUUGGUCAAUUAUCGACAUGGGCGCCGUCAACUAUACCGACAAAAACCACGUUAACGAGCAUUGCUACGACUCAUGUGUCAGAAUUACACGAGAUUGUGUUAUCUGCAAUUUCACGAGCGGCUACAGAAACAAAUUAUGUUAACCUUGUGUCACUUUCGCAAGUUUUUCGAGGUGCUAUGGCAUCAUUGACCGUUAUUUCCGCCCAAGAGGUCUUGGCCACUGCAACAGCACCAGUGGUGCAAGCACAAGCAACUCAGGUCAUCUUUAAUGCCACUUUGAACUUGAAGAACUUGAGCGAUGAAGAAAACCUUUAUGACUAUAAUCCGAAUUUAGCAGGAAACAUCAUAUAUCUCGUUGUUUAUGCCUUGAUUUUGCUAUAUGUACUAUUGAUGGUGAUAAAAUCGAGAUACUGGUGGUUCAAUGUUACUUUUGUAUGUGGAUUUGCAUUGGAGAUGAUUGGGUUUAUAGGACGAGUCAAGGCCCAUGACAAUACCAAUGUAGACAGUUUUUAUCUCAUGCAAAUAGUUUGUUUAACUAUUGCGCCAGCGUUUAUAAUGGCAGGUAUAUAUUUCCUAUUUGGUCAGUUGGUGGUGAUACAUGGACGUCAAUUCUCGGUUUUGAGACCAAUGUGGUAUUCCUACUUUUUCAUUGCUACUGAUGUUCUUUCUUUGAUUAUUCAAGCUGGUGGUGGCGGUGCCGCAUCUGUGGCUGCGAGUCAACACACUAAUGCUAAACCAGGUACCAACACUAUGAUUGCCGGUAUUGCCAUGCAAUUGUUCUCAAUGACCAUUUUUUUGUUAUUUUGGAUUGAGUUUCUAAACAGAAUUUAUUUCAAAAAGACACACGAUGCUAAUGAACAAAUGGUGGAUAGUCCAUUCAGAAGGAGAAGUUUAGCAAAUUUCUUUCGCUUAUUAUUCAAUAGCAAAUCAAUCCGUGAAUAUAGACAUACACAUUUGGAAAAAUUUUAUAACCAGAAAUUUGCAGCUCUAAGAAGAAAAACUUUGUUUGACUGGAUGCCAUUGGCAAUGUCAUGUGCUGUUAUUGUUGUUUACGUUCGUUGUAUUUACCGAGUUGUUGAGUUGGCUGAAGGUUUUGGCGGAUUUUUGUAUUCACAUGAAGCUUACGUUUUGGUUUUAGACGCUGCAAUGAUCGCCAUUUGUGGUUUGGUUUAUGUGCCCUUCCAUCCGGUAUGGGUAUUUGGAGUAGAGAACAAUGUCAAAUUAGCACAUAUAAAGAGAAAUUUAGACGAGGAUAGGGAGGAGAAUGUUGAUGCAGAUAUAGAUGGAGAUACUAUUGCGGGUGCUCUAGAGAAGACAUCAGAUGUCAAUGAUGAAAAAGAUUAG